AGUAUUGGCGCAAGAUGAUGAUGUUAUUGUUGGGGUUGAACUUCCAAAAUUAUAUACGGGUGGGAUAUAUGUACAUUAUGGAAAUACAUAUGAAAGUGUGCAUAAACCAAAAGAAACGUCCGUGAAAACACCAAAAAAACAAGGAAGAGCAAAAAAUCAAGAUGUUGUGGGUGUAUUGUUAACAACACCCAAAAAUCAAAAAAGUUGUUCAGUAUGUAAUAAAGAAAAUGUUAGAAUGUUAGGUUUUAACAAACGUACACAUAUUGAUAAUCCUUAUGAAGAUUGUUGUUACAGAGAACCUGAUGAAAUAAAAGAAAAUAAAAUUUCAGAUUUGGAGUUAUAUCAAAUGAUGUUGUUUGGUGUAAUAUCUUCUAUAGCAGAUAAUUUUCCUGAUUUAUUAAAAAAUAAAAUUCCAAAAAUACCUGUUAUUAAAGAAGAACCAGAUGUUGAAAAAAUAGAAGUAGAAUUUCCAGAAUUAAAUGUUGUUGAAAAGAUGGUAGGUGUUACUAUUGGAACGAUUCAACCUAUAAAUUUUGAUUUAGCAAGAGAAAGACAAUAUGGAAAUAAUUGGGAUCAAGUGAUACAAUAUUUUGAUUGGAAAAGAGUUUCCACGAAUCCACAAAUAACUUAUCAAUAUACUCAAAAUAUAUUAAUAAUCAAUAAGAUUAUACCAUAUAAAAAAGAAGAAGAUGUAAUAGUAAAAAGAUUAAAUUAUGCUAGAUGGAUGUUUCAACAAAUACACGAAGAUGAUAAUUAUUUUCAGUAUAAAAAUAAAACAGAAGAAUAUUUAGCAGUGAUAUUUGCAGAAUGGAUUAAAAUUAAUGUAGUGUCGGGAACAGAUUUACCACCUGGUAUUCCAGAUACGAUUGCUAGAGCUC